AUGUCACCAAUGAUCAUGGUUGCGGACAAAGUCAGAGAUCUGCUCUACACAAUCUUCUGUUUCGCCUUGGUCUUCUUCAUCGCCUGGCCAGUGGCAUUUUCACUCGCAGCUAUCUACGUAUUGUUCGUUCCAUUUGCCGCCUGGAUUCCUCCCUUAGAGAUGCGUCUGGAUGACAUUUUAGGCGCCCUGAAAUUGCCACUCACCUGGACCAAAAGGGCCAUCCACUUCAUCACUGGUACCGGCGAAAAUCACACCGCACCCUUACGGAGACCAACCUUGAUGGAGGAAGAGCAUAUGCUGCAGAUGGGAGAAUCGGCGAUGACCCUUGAUAGAAUGAUUGGAAAUGACCCUUAG